AUGAUUCUUAAAAAUCAUGAUCACAAUAAUUCUUUAUUAAAAACUUUGCAAUUAUCUGAGGAGUUUGAAAAGGUUAAGAAGUCGGAUUUUAAGAUACUCAUGAUUGAUAGCGUACAAAUUAAUGCAUCAGUGAUGUAUUAUCGUGUUAAAUUUAAGAAUAAAUUAAAGAGCGACAACUAUCAGCUUUAUGGUAGCUUAACAACAACAUCUAGACAACAAAUUCAUGAAAAGAUUAUUAAAUUUAAAGAUAUAAAUAUCUUUGGAUUCUCCGUUAUUAUCGAAAACAUUUUAGAUAAAAACGUGAAAAAUUUUACAAAAAUGAACAUAAACUGGAUGCUAGUUGGAAAUCCAGAAAUUAUUGAACAUUUGCAAGAAUUUGAAAAUCUUCAUGAUGAAAGUUCAAAUGAUCGAAAUUUAAUUGUUGUAGGAACUGGAAAGAAAACGAUUGAACCUAAUAAUAAACAAAAUUGGGAAAUUGGCUUUGAUACAAUUCCAAUACUUCCGUUAAAUGCUGUAUUUGCUUGCACAUUCAAAUAUCCAUUGUCGAACAAUGAACCAUCAUUUCUGGCUUCUAUCAAAUCUUAUAAUGAUGAAAACGGCACUUUAAUAGUGAAUAUAACUAAUCACACGCGUAACAUUUCAAAUAACCAUGAUAAAUAUGGUGCCAAUGGUGACAAUACCUAUGAUUAUAAUGGUAACGAUGAUAAUUAUGUUAACGGUAAUGAUAUAAAAAUGACAUUGGAAGAGAAAUUGAAAUGUCAAAUAUAUUGGUGUAUUUAUCUUACACCAAUUCAAGAAAUUACAAUUGGGCAAUUUUGUAAUAGCGCUGAUUUUCUUGUACAAACUAGGACUCAAUUUGAAAAAUUAUCAAACGUAACCACUAAAAGAUUAGAAAUAGAAAAGGAUACUGAAUUUAAAGACCUAGUUGUUCCAAGCUACAAGUUAAUUGACGAACAAUUUGUACUUCCCGAAAGUACGUCUCACGUAACUUGCGUUGACGCAAGUUACAAAUUAAUUGAGGAGAUAAAAAAUAUCGUUAUAAAUCUUAAGAAAAGCAAAAAGAUCUUUGAGCCAAUUAUUCAUUCUACAUCAGAGACUGUUCGAGCCUUACUUUAUGUAAAGAAUGAAGCCGAAUUAUAUUUUCAACAAUAUGAAGAUGCUUUUAAUAAAUAUAAAAUUUCGUUAGAAACCAUAAAAGAGUUUGCGGAAGAAGUAGCGAAUAUAGAAAAAAAACGUUAUCUCUUUUAUCCGUAUAAGCAUGUAAAAGGGAAAUAUGAAAAAUUGUUAAAGGAGCAUGAGAGUUGUAAAAAAAAAUUAAAUCCAAUUCUGAUUAAAGUUAUAAUGAACAAACAAGAAAGCCAACAAGACGAUUUUAAAAACAUUCAUAAGAUUUUAAAAACUAUUCCUAAUGACAAUAAAAACGAACACAUAAUCAGAAUUGAAACAAUAUUUCAAAAUUUAUUCGAAAAAUCAGUUUUAGAAACCAGUAUUCCACGUAUCGAUUCCGCAUUAUUAUUUGAAAAUGAAUCAGCUAGAAAGUCAGAAUGGGAUCUAGAUGAUUGUAUGAACUAUUAUAUGGAACCUAAAAUUGCAAAUUUUUAUCUUGCCAAGCAUGCAUCAGAAAUAGGACCAGAUAACGAUCAUAUCUCAGAUCAUAUAUUGAGUAUUAUCAAUUGGGCUGCACCUGAAAUGAUGCAAAGGAAUGCCUUAUAUACAAAAGAAUGUGAAGUGUUCAGUUUCGUAAUGCUCCUAUGGGAACUAGCUUUCCAAAAGUUUCCCUAUGAAAAAAUGAGUAAAGAAGAAAUUGUUGCUCAUGUUACAAAUGGUCGUAGAGAAUCAGCCCCUGAUCCACGUUUUUAUGUAUUGGAAUUUCUUAACAUUCAAAGAAAAUACUUAAGAAUCAUUGUAGAAGGAUGGAAUAAUAAACCAGAAAAAAGGAUUAAAAUGGACGAAAUUCUAUUGAGAUUUUUAGAUGUUGAAGCUGACCUUGCUAAACCUAAAAGAAAUAAUUCGGGUUCUGCUCAUUCGUCUGAUCAACUCGAUCAACUUUCACAUACACGCACUAGGGCUGCUUCAAUUCCGGUUAAGCCAAUUACCUAUCACAGGCGGCAUCAAAUUCCGUUGAAACCCAAAGAAAGUGAAUUCAAGCCCUAUAAACCCGAUAAACAUACAAUUCCGGAUUCUCCAGGAUUCUAUCCUUCUCCUAAUGCUUAUUAUCCAAAAGAACCUAAAAAAUCCAGACCAGCAUCAUUAAUUUUAACACCGAGUUUGGAACCUGUGAGUGAAUUGUAUCCUCCAUAUUUUACGGAAACACCAGCUGAGAUUGAUUCGUUCAUGAUCAACCCAGAGACAUGGCAAAUAGAAAGGCCAAGUAAGAUUGAACCAUCCAAUUUGAUAUCAAGCGUAAAUGAACCAAUUAAGACUUCGAAUUUAGUAAAACCUGAUGAAGCGAUUGAAGCACCAAAUAAGACUUCGAAUUUAAUAAAACCUGAUGAAGCAAUUGAAGCACAAAAUAAGACUUCAAAUUUAAUAAAACCUGAUGAAGUGAUUGAAGCACCAAAUAAGACUUCAAAUUUAAUAAAACCUGAUGAAGCGAAUGAAGCACCAAAUAAAACUUCAAAUUUAAUAAAACCUGAUGAAGCGAUUGAAGUACCAAAUAAAACUUCAAAUUUAAUAAAACCUGAUGAGGUGAUUGAAGCGCCAAAUAAGACUUCGGAUUUAAUAAAACCUGAUGAACCUGAUGAAGCAAUUGAAGCACCAAGUAAGACUUCGGAUUUAGUAAAGCCUGAUGAGGUUAUUGAAACAUCCGAAAUACUUUCAAAUUCAUUAAAAACUGAAACGAUCGAGGAACCAAAUGAAACACCGAAUUUAAUAGAAACAAACGAAGUAAAUGGAACUGAACAAUCAAAACAGUCGACUAUAAAUGAACCGAUAAAAACAAAUCAAAUAAAUGAAACUAAACCAUCCAAACAGCCAAAUGUAAAUGGAACAUCUGUUAUAAAAGUUGCUGACGGGACAAAACCAUCACAUGAAGAUUAUACCAAAUCAAUAAAAUCAUCAAAUCAUGAAAAUGUGACAAAGUCAUCAGAAAAUGAUCCAAACAUACCAAAUGGUAUAAAAACACCAUUAGAUAAUGAGCUAAUGCUGUCGGAUAAUGAUGAGGCAAUAUUAUCAGAUAGCGACAACAAUAACGAUGAACAGUCUGAAAAUGAUGACCCAAUACCAUCGGAUAGUGAGAAAGUAAAACCACCGGAGAAACCAAAACCACAAAAUUUACAAGAUAUACCAAGUUUGAUAAUUAAAAAAUUAAAUCACGGUUUGAUUAUCAGCACGCAAAAAAUGCAGAUAGCAGGUCCUUCAGCAUGUGCCUUUAUGUCAAAACCGAAAAUGAACGUUUUAGAUACUAUAAAAUUUCAGGCAAAAUUAAUACUUUCAUCAAAAUAUAAGGAUUCCUUUUUAUUGGAGAAUCAUAUCGAAUCGCCUACUGAUUUGGAUUGGAUAUCUGACGCGAAUCCUCAAACCAAUAUAUCGCAAGUGAAUACCAUUUGUUUAGAAAUAAGAUAUCCAAAAGCUGAAGCCACUUUUGAAAAAGGUUCCAUAGAACCGUCAAAAGAAUUAAUCGUUGCCGUUAAAAAGGCUCUAAAACAUAAAAAUCCAUAUCGAGAAUUAAUGAAAGUAUUAGAUUCUUUUGGACAUUUCUUACCUAAUAAAGUUAUACUUGGAGAUAAAUUAUAUUCAAUAUCGAAAAAUUCAAGCGCAAAUCAAGAAUUAACAGAGUUAAAAAUCGAUAAAGAAUUUAAAGCGGCCGAUGAUUUUUCACAAAAUUGUACCGAUUACGAUGAUAUUAUGAAGCAAUGGGAAAAAUGCAUAGAAUCAAAUAAUAUUGGCUCGUCACCUUUAACUACAAUUAAUGGUAUUGCGGUUAGGAAAAAUAAAAUUAAAGAAUGGGCAAUUUCUUGUUUAAAAAAGAGUUCUGAUUCAUGGAGUAUUAUCAGUUGGGAAGGUUUAUAUCCUUUGUAUGAAAUAUUAGAUGCAGAUUUAUGUCAAGAAGUCAAAUUAUGUCUCGGAAAUGAUGAACAAGCGAUCAAUACCGGAAUUAAAGAAAAAGUUCUCAGAUCAGGUGUAAUACCAAUUGAAAGUUCACGAUAUCAAUAUUCUGUAGAAUUUGAUUUUCCUCUAGAAUCAAAAAAUUAUCAGAUUUUCGGUAAAAUCUUGACACAAAGUGGAACCCCAUUUAAUAAAGCUGAUGUUAAAUUUAAAUCCAAAGAUAAGUCUGGAUUUUCAGCAAUAGUUGAAGCCUUUUCUCUUCAAUUUGUUCCAAAACCAGCAACUGAUGAUACAGGAAUAGAUAGUUGUGAGAUUCAAUUAAAAACUUCCGAAAAUUUGCAAUCAAACGCAGUUCUCAUUACCUCAUUCAAAUACCCUAAGUCAAAUUACCAACAAUCUUUUACAGCAAAAGUUAAAGACUAUCGUGAUAAAACGAUCAACAUCAAUAUUAGUGUCAGAAAAAAUGGGAAAGAAUCUGUAGAUGAUGAUGAUGACGAAGAUUUUGUAGAGAUUCCUGAACUUAAUUGGUGCGUUCUUCUAUUGGACGAUGAGGAUGAAACAAAUAAUUUGAGAGAAAUAGGUCAAAGUGUUUAUGCUAAUUAUUUAAGUUCAAAUAAUGAAUUAGAUUUGAGCUACAAGAAACUUGAUAAUGAAAUAGGAAAUGAAUUGAUAAAUUCUUUAAAAGGAAAUAAAACUAUUAGCAGCUUAGACAUAAGUUAUAAUAAUAUUGGUUCGAGAUUGGGAAAGGCACUCGUGAAGAUUUUAGUAAACAAUGACACACUCACUCGUUUAAAUUUAAGUUCGACUAAUAUUGAGUCGGAUACAUUAGCUCUUUUAUUGAGGAUUUUAAAAGCUAAUAAAACCCGCCUUGUUGAUUUGAAUUUAAGCAAUAACGGUGAAAAACUCACUAAAAAAGGAAAAAUAUUGAUGGAAGCUUUAGGAAAAAACACAACUCUUAUAAGCUUAAACUUAAGCGACAAUCCUAUUGAUUGGUCCGAUGUAAGCUUCGUUCAUUUAGAAAGUAACAAAACACUUGAGAAUUUAGAUUUGAGCAAUUGUAAUCUUUCUCCUAAAGUAAUAGACAAAUUGAAGAAAUUUUUAAUAACUUCAAAGAGGCUUAAAGGAUUAAAUCUAAGUUCAAAUAAUCUUACUUUCCAAUCAGAACGUAUAAUUUCAGAAAUCUUGGCAAAAAAUAAAACCAUUAAAACUUUAAAUUUGAGUUCAAAUAAGAUUAGUUCGACAAUAGAGUCUUUAGAAAAAGGAGCAAAAACAACUUUAACGGGCAGAUACAGGUCAAAGUCCAAGUAUGAAAUGUCCCGUCCUCUAAAAGUAAAUAAUUUGUCGGAAGCAAUAAGGAGAAAUAAAACUCUUAAGAAGUUGGAUUUAAGUUCUAAUUAUAUCCGUCUCGAAGCUGGAAAAGACUUAGCGAGAGCUUUAACAAGCAAUAAAUUAAUUACCGAAUUGAACUUAAAUGAUAAUGAUAUUGUUCGUGAAUUAGGAGAGCUUUUAAUAAAUAUUUUAAUAAACAAUGAUAUUACCAGUAUAGGUUUAAGAUCAACAAAAAUCAGUUCUGGAAUGGUAAUAAACUUAUCACAAGAAUUAAAGUCGAAUAAAAUUAAACUCCGGUAUUUAAAUUUGAGUCGUAACGAAAUUAGCAGUGAUGCGAUGGAAGCUUUAAUAGAAGCUUUAGAAGAAAAUACGACACUAAAAAAUUUGGAUCUGAGCAACAUUACAGGAGCAGGACAAACAGGACGAGCAUUAGCAAAGUCUUUAGAAAAAAAUCGAACACUAAAAACUCUAAAUUUGAGUAACUGUAAUAUUCGUAAUAGUGUAGUAAAUGCUUUAGAAAAGGCUUUACAAACAAAUGACAUACUCACUGAUCUAGAUCUAAGUUACAAUGCACUUCCAAUGAAUAACUUGAUAAAAGCUUUAGAAACAAAUAAUUCACUCACUAAACUGAAUAUAAGUUACAGAGAUUUCCAUUUAGAAGAAAUAGAAGCUUUAGCGAACGUUUUAAAAGUCAAUGACACAAUUACUCAUUUAUAUUUAAGUAGAACUAUGGAUGAUCCUGAAAACGUAAAGGUUUUAUUUGAAGCUUUAGAGGUGAACAAGAAACUUACUGAUUUGGAUUUGAGUAGAAAUAAUAUUAGUGAAAUAGAAGUUAUAGCUAAGGCUUUAUUAAAUAACGUAUCUCUUCGAAGAGUAGACUUAACGUCUAAUCAAAUCGAAA